CUAUGGAAACAAUUCAAGAAGUUGUCAUGGAAAGCACUAAAACAACUUCUUCCACAUUUACCUCUAACAAAGAUAAAAUGGCAAUGAAUAAUACUAAUAAUUCGUUACCAAAUCUCGCUGUUGCUAAGCAGAAAUUCGUGAGUCUUUCUCGCGCAAUCGAUGCUGCUGAGGCUAAAAUAGCCAAAGCUAGUAGUUAUGCAGUCAGUAGUCUGUACGAACUAAAAAUAAAAGCUCCAGUGAUGUUUGACGCUGAGGUUAUUGUUAACCUCAAUAGAACUAUCUAUACAAGUGUAGUGGAUACUUCAGUUACUGUUUUAGGAGAUAAACUCCUUAACUUGCGUGAAGCCUAUAACAAUAUUGUUACGGAAUUCAAUGAAGAGUUAGCUGCUUCUCGCAAAAUUUUGUUGGAUGAAAAAGAUGCUAGGUCUCCAAAAGCCGAAAGACAAAAGACCCCAAAGGCUCAAAAAACAAAAGCAAGGCUCUAUAAUGAACUUAGGAAAAAAAGUUUAAAGGACAUAAGUUUGUUUUUUGUUAAUGAUAAAAUAUUAGAUAUUAGUUUUGAAAUUGUAUCCUAUCAAAACUUAUGUAAAGAGAUAUCUAAACGUAAUAAAAUUCAUAAGUCUAAAUUUGGCAUAAACAAAAAAUUAAAUAAAGCUUUCAGGUUUUUGGUUGAGAAUAAUCUAGUAGUCAUAUAUGCAGAUAAAAAUAUGGGUCUCACUAUUAUAGAUUUUGCUUGGUAUAAUGAUCAGGUUAAAAAACAUUUAGGUGACCAAACUGUAUAUGUUAAAAUGCAAAAUGAAUGGGUAUUUGAAUCAAUAAAUGCCUAUGCAGAAUUAUUUGGAAUAGUUUAUGACUAUCCUAAUAAAAUUAUAACUGAUUGA